AUGGCAGGCUCGAUAAGUGGUAGCAGCCAGGCCAGAACGCAUGCUGUUGAGCAUCUGCUGGCUGGCCACAAGUUUGUUCAAGGCGACCUAAUAUUAUUCCUCAUCGCUAGGGUUAUUCUCGAGACAAUCAAGCAAGACAUCAUAGGCUUACGGCAAGGUAUAGGCAAAAACAUAGACUCUCCAUCAAUAUACAAGCUAAGCCUGGGGUUUCGGGGAAUCAGGAAAUCAGGGGGUCUUUAUACAGAAGCCCUUCAACCUCCACCAUGUGAAUACAGAGUAGGAGGCCAAGUUUCACUCACUGAGGGAGCAUAA